CUCGUGGAUGAGAACGCCCGGCUUCUCAAGGGCAAGGGCGAUGGAGUCAAGAAGCAGCUCUCGGUGGAGCACAUCUACCAGAAGAAGACACAGCUGGAGCACAUCCUGCUCCGGCCCGACACCUACAUCGGUUCCGUGGAGCUGGUCACCCAGCAAAUGUGGGUUUUUGAUGAGGACGUGGGCCUUAACUGCAGAGAAGUGACCUUUGUGCCUGGCUUGUACAAAAUCUUCGAUGAGAUUCUCGUCAAUGCCGCAGACAACAAGCAGAGGGAUAAAAACAUGUCGUGCAUUAAAGUCACCAUCGAUGUAGAGAAUAACACGAUCAGUGUAUGGAACAAUGGGAAAGGUAUUCCAGUUGUGGAACACAAAGUGGAGAAGGUCUAUGUGCCUGCUCUUAUCUUCGGACAGCUACUAACAUCCAGCAACUACGACGACAACGAAAAGAAAGUCACAGGUGGGCGAAAUGGGUAUGGAGCCAAACUCUGCAACAUAUUCAGCACAAAAUUUACUGUGGAAACUGGAUGUCGUGAAUACAAAAAGCUAUUCAAGCAGACCUGGACAGACAACAUGGGAAAGGCCGGCGAAAUGAAACUGAAGUAUUUUGAUGGAGAAGAUUACACGUGUGUCACUUUCCAACCUGAUCUGUCAAAGUUCAAAAUGACCAACCUUGACAAAGACAUUGUAGCACUAAUGUCUCGAAGAGCCUACGAUAUUGCCGGGUCCACGAAGGAUGUCCGAGUUUUCCUGAAUGGACAGAGGCUGCCUGUGAAAGGAUUUCGCAGUUACGUGGACCUCUACCUGAAGGACAAAGAAGAUGAAACUGGGAAUGCGCUCAAGGUUAUCCACGAGGAAGUAAAUUCUCGCUGGGAAGUGUGUUUGACUUUAAGUGAAAAAGGCUUCCAGCAAGUUAGCUUUGUCAACAGCAUUGCCACCACAAAGGGUGGCAGGCACGUUGACUACGUCGUCGACCAGCUUGUCGCUAAACUCAUUGACGUGGUGAAGAAGAAGAACAAGAACGGAGUUGGGGUGAAGCCUUUUCAGGUGAAGAACCACAUGUGGAUUUUCGUGAAUGCCUUAAUUGAAAACCCAACCUUCGACUCUCAGACUAAGGAGAACAUGACUCUGCAGGCAAAGAGCUUUGGCUCAACCUGUAAACUGAGUGAAAAAUUCAUUAAGGGUGCAGUUGGCUGUGGCAUUGUUGAAAGUGUCCUAAACUGGGUAAAAUUUAAAGCCCAGAGCCAGCUGAAUAAGAAAUGUUCGGCUGUGAAACACAGUAAGAUUAAGGGUGUUCCUAAGCUGGACGAUGCCAAUGACGCUGGCAGCAAGAAUUCUUUAGAUUGUACACUUAUCCUGACCGAGGGAGACUCAGCCAAAACACUGGCUGUUUCUGGUCUAGGAGUGGUUGGUCGAGACAAAUACGGAGUAUUUCCCCUUCGUGGGAAAAUGCUCAACGUCAGAGAAGCUUCUCACAAGCAGAUUAUGGAAAAUGCUGAAAUCAACAACAUCAUCAAGAUAGUGGGUUUACAAUACAAAAAGAACUAUGAAGAUCAAGAAUCUUUAAAGACUCUGCGCUACGGGAAGAUUAUGAUUAUGACAGAUCAGGACCAAGAUGGAUCACACAUCAAAGGUUUACUGAUCAACUUCAUCCAUCACAACUGGCCAUCUCUUCUAAGACACAACUUUUUGGAGGAGUUUAUUACUCCCAUCAUAAAGGCCUCUAAAAACAAAGAAGAAAUUGCAUUCUACAGCAUUCCGGAGUUUGAAGAGUGGAAAAACAAUACCCAGAACUACAAUUCAUGGAAAAUCAAGUACUACAAAGGUUUGGGUACCAGCACAUCGAAGGAGGCUAAAGAAUACUUUGCAGAUAUGGCUAAACAUCGAAUUGGCUUCAAAUAUUCUGGUCCUGAAGAUGAUGCUGCGAUCACCCUGGCCUUUAGCAAGAAGAAGGUAGAAGAGCGAAAGGAGUGGCUGACUAAUUUCAUGGAGGAUAGGAGACAACGGAAGCUGCACGGUCUGCCAGAGGAAUACCUGUAUGGGAAAAAUACUCACUACCUGACCUACAAUGACUUCAUCAACAAGGAGUUAGUGCUGUUCUCGAACUCGGAUAAUGAAAGAUCAAUCCCGUCGCUGGUUGAUGGUUUGAAGCCAGGCCAAAGAAAAGUUCUGUUCACGUGUUUCAAACGAAAUGAUAAGCGGGAGGUGAAGGUUGCUCAGCUGGCUGGUUCUGUAGCCGAGAUGUCCUCAUACCAUCACGGUGAGGCGUCGCUGAUGAUGACUAUUAUCAACUUAGCGCAGAACUUUGUGGGCAGUAACAACCUCAACUUGCUUCAGCCCAUCGGUCAGUUUGGCACGAGGCUGCACGGUGGGAAAGACUCUGCCAGCCCUCGAUACAUCUUUACAAUGCUCAGCCCCCUGGCACGGUUGCUGUUCCCACCAAUGGACGACAACAUCCUGAGGUUCCUGUAUGAUGACAACCAGCGUGUGGAGCCGGAGUGGUAUAUGCCCAUCAUUCCGAUGGUGCUGAUCAAUGGGGCAGAAGGGAUUGGCACUGGCUGGUCCUGCAAGAUUCCCAACUUUGAUAUCAGGGAAGUUGUGAAUAAUAUCCGUCGUCUGAUGGAUGGAGAAGAGCUGUUGCCAAUGCUUCCCAGUUACAAGAAUUUCAAAGGCACGAUAGACGAGCUGGGACCCAACCAGUACGUGAUAAGCGGUGAAGUGUCAAUCCUCGAUUCCACCACCAUUGAGAUCACCGAGCUGCCCGUCCGAACAUGGACGCAGACUUACAAGGAGCAGGUUCUGGAGCCGAUGUUAAACGGGACUGAGAAGACACCCCCGCUAAUCACAGACUAUAAGGAAUAUCACACAGACACGACGGUGAAGUUCAUAGUGAAGAUGACUGAAGAGAAACUCACUGAAGCCAAAACAGUGGGGCUGCAUAAGGUCUUCAAACUCCAAACAAACUUAACCUGCAACUCCAUGGUUCUUUUUGACCACGUGGGCUUCCUCAAGAAGUACGACUCUCCCCAGGAUAUCCUUAAAGAGUUCUUUGACCUCAGGCUCCGCUACUACCAUUUGAGAAAAGAAUGGCUUAUUGGAAUGCUGGGCGCCGAGUCUGCAAAACUGAGCAACCAGGCUCGGUUCAUCCUGGAGAAAAUAGACGGCAAAAUUGUGAUCGAAAACAAACCCAAGAAGGAGUUGAUUCAAGUUCUUAUCCAGAGAGGGUAUGAAUCUGACCCAGUGAAGGCUUGGAAGGAGUUGCAAAACAAGGAAGAGGAGGAAGGGGAGGAGGAGAAUGAGAGGGAAGCAACUCCAGCUACAGGACCAGACUUGCUGAACAUGCCCCUGUGGUACCUGACUAAGGAGAAGAAAGACGAGCUCUGCAAGCAGCGGGAUACCAAGGAAAAGGAGCUGGAAGACCUUAAGUGCAAGAGCCCCUCUGAUCUGUGGAAGGAAGACCUUGCUGUCUUUGUUGAAGAACUUGAUGCAGUGGAAGCCAAGCAACUUCAGGAUGAGAUGGCAGGGCUUGCUGGUAAACCGCUGAAGGUGAAGGGAGGGAAGACGAAGGUGAAGAAGGGCCAGCUGCCAGAAACCAUGCCGUCGCCUCAUGGCGUAAGGGUUGUUCCUCGGAUAACUGCAGAGAUGAAGGCGGAGGCGGAGAAGAAAACUAAGAAGAAAAUAAAGAGUGAAAAAAAUGAAUGUGAUGAGAACCAAGAAAACACGUCAGGAGACCAAGAGUCUUCGGGCAUUAAGCAGAGAUUAGCGCAGAAGCUUAACGCCGAGCGAGGUACCAAGAGACAGGCCACUCUACCGUUUAAGCCACUAAAGAAAAUGAAGAAACGAAACCCGUGGUCUGACUCAGGGUCUGAUUCAGACUCUGAUUUUGAACUGCCUCCCCAGAGAGAGAGAGUGGUUCGCCAAGCGGCAGCCAAAGUCAAGACCGUGAUCAGUUCGGACUCGGAUGAAAAUCUCUCCGCCUCGGAUGAGGACCCUGAAUUCCAAGGUGACAGUGAAGGCAGCACCAAGUCUGAUACACACUCAAAAGAAAAACCCGCUCCCAAGCCCAGAGCUGCUCCAAAGGAAACCACUGAAAAAGCAGCUAAAGCUCCCAAGCAAAAGCCAGCGCAAAGCACUAUCCCAGUUCAAGUCCUUGACGUUGCUAGUGACGACGAGAGCCAAGCUCCUGCAGUUCCUCCGCCCCCCGUGCCUCGCAGUAAGGCUGUACCUAAGAAACCCGCCGCAGCUCCGAAGGCCAGCGCCGCCAAGGAUGGAGAAAGCCUGUUACCACGCCUGCUGUUUGAAAACAUGAAGAUCCAG